UCAAUUAAUCUCUUCGUUAAAUACGGUUCGAACCAACUACCCUGUAAUAGGGAUACCAACAGUAGCAACACCUUGACCCUCAUUCUAACGGCCCCGCCGUACCUUCUUGCCACUGCCGUCGCAUUCAUGACUGCCUGGUCUUCCGAUCGACGUAAAGAGCGCGGCUUCCACAUCUCCGUGCCACAGGGCGUUGCAUGCGUUGGGUUCAUCAUUUCGGUCUCCACGGUCAACAUAGUCGCUCGUUAUUUUGCUGCAUUCCUUUACAUCUGCGGAUGCUUUUCUUCUAAUGCCAUGGUCUUCUCGUGGGCUAGCUCCACACUGAACCAAACUACAGAGAAGAGGGCGUGUGCAACAGCCAUCAUCAACCUGCUCAGCCAAUUAGGCAAUAUCUGGAGCCCCUACUUCUUUCCAUCGAAUGAUGGGCCUCGAUAUGUUAUGGCCAACUUGCUCAUGAUGGCAUCGUCGGCUUUGAGUAUUGUCACAUGCGUGAUCAUGAAAAUUAUGCUUACCAGGGCCAACAAAAGCCUCAAGAGAGAAGGUAGAGACACAACACUGUAUACAUUGUAA